CUGUGUUAGAUCAGGCUAUUCAAAGAUGUUGAAGCGGUCUUCAAUUGCAUUGUUGUUUGAGGAAAGGCUGAGAGUGAAUCCAAAACUUACAAAAAAUGAGAUGGUUGCUGAAAUUAAGAGGGAAUACAACUUGGAAGUAACUCCGGAUCAGUGUGCUAAGGCGAAGACCAAAGUACUGAGAGCAAGACAUGCUAGUCAUGAUGAUCACUUUUCAAGAAUAUGGGAUUAUCAAGCUGAGGUUUUAAAGCAGAAUCCAGGGAUAGAGUUUGAGAUAGAGACAGUUCCAGGGCCUGUUAUUGGAAGCAAGCAGAGGUUUUAUAGGUUAUAUAUAUGUUUUAAAGCUCAAAAGGAUUCUUGGAAGCAAACAUGUAGACCUGUGAUAGGAAUUGAUGGAGCCUUUCUCAAAUGGGAUAUAAAGGGUCAUCUUCUAGCUGCUGUUGGAAGGGAUGGCGAUAAUAGGAUUGUUCCUAUAGCUUGGGCAGUUGUAGAGAUAGAAAACGAUGAUAAUUGGGAUUGGUUUAUGAGACACCUCUCUGCUAGCUUGGGACUCUGUGAAAUGCAACAUCUAGCAAUCAUUUCAGAUAAACAGUCGGGCCUAGUCAAAGCUAUCCAUACUAUACUCCCAGAAGCUGAGCAUCGACAAUGUUCAAAACAUAUAAUGGACAAUUGGAAGAGGGACAGCCAUGAUAUAGAACUCCAACGUCUCUUUUGGAAAAUUGCCCGCAGUUACACCAUAGAAGAGUUCAACAAUCAUAUGGAAGAGUUGAGGAAGUACAAUCCUCAAGCUCAUACAACUCUGCAGCUGACUAGUCCAAUGACAUGGUCAAGAGCCUACUUUAGAAUAGGGACAUGCUGCAAUGACAACCUCAAUAAUCUGAGUGAGUCUUUUAAUAGGACUAUCAGACAGGCUAGGAGAAAGCCUUUGUUGGAUUUGCUAGAAGACAUCAGGAGGCAAUGCAUGGUCAGAACUGCAAAGAGGUAUAUCAUUGCUGACAGAUUGAAGACAAGAUUCACAAAGAGAGCCCAUCUUGAGAUUGAGAAAAUGAUAGCUGGGGUUAGAAAUUGUGAGAGAUAUAUGGCCAGAAACAAUUUGCAUCAAAUAGAAGUGAAUGGUGUUAGCUACUUUGUAGAUAUGGAGAAGAAAACUUGUGGUUGCAGGAAGUGGCAGAUGGUUGGGAUCCCUUGUAUUCAUGCGGCAUCUGUGAUUAUAGGAAGAAGAGAGAAGGUUGAAGACUAUGUCAGCGAGUAUUAUACAAAGGUCAUGUGGCGAGAAACAUAUAGGGAUGGUAUUAGGCCUGUCCAAGGGAUGCCAUUGUGGCCUAGAACCAAUAGGUUGCCUGUCUUACCACCACCAUGGAGAAGAGGCAACAGAGGAAGGCCUAAUAACCAUGCUAGAAGAAAGGGAAGAAAUGAGACUGCUUCUUCUUCAAAUAAGAACAAGAUGUCACGGGGAAAAAGAAUCAUGACAUGCUCUAACUGUCUGCAAGAAGGGCACAACAAGCAAAGCUGCAAAAAUGCAACAGUUCUGAAUCCACCACCUAGACUAAGAGGAAGACCAAGAAAAAUGCCGGUUGGACAACGGAAGAACGGUCUCCCUGGGUUCUGCUUCGUCUUCGAUGUGAGAAUGACAACGUCUAAGCCGCAGUGACACUUCGAAGGAAAGCCACGGAACUCGCAACCUCCAUCUUGAACACACGAAUUACAACUCAUAUCUCUGGUAGAAUUGGAGAAUUCGAUGAAAGAAACAAGAUUUCGAGCUCAAAAGAAAGAUAAUGCUGCGAA